AGGGGCAGGCCCAGGUUUGCGAUUGGCUGUUGGAGCAGCGUGUCGGAGGGCUAAGCGGUCGGCGGGCACGGAGGGUCAUGGAGACCUCGUCGGUGCUGACUCGGGGAGCUGCAAGGCAGCGGAGCCCCGCGGCCCCGGAGAAGCAGGCGCAGGACCAACCGGAGCGGAGGCCGGGGCGGCGGAGGCAGGGGCGGAGGAUCGAUGAGGGUCAGGAAGAGGAAGCAGUCUUCAGAGAUGUGGUCAGUUUCACUCCAGAUCCUUUACCAGCUAGAUAUUAUGACAAGGAUACUACCAGACCUGUCAGUUUUUACCUAUCAACGCUGGAGGAGCUCCUGGCCUGGACCCCCCUCAUGGAGGAUGGCUUCAAUGUGGCCCUGGAGCCCUUGGAGUGUCGCCAGCCCCCACUAAGCAGCCCCAGGCCCCGGACCCUGCUGUGCCACGACAUGAUGGGCGGUUACCUGGAGGACAGGUUCAUUCAGGGCUCAGAGGUGCAGAAUCCCUAUUCCUUCUACCAUUGGCAGUACGUCGACAUCUUUGUGUACUUCAGCCACCACACGGUCACUAUCCCCCCAGUGUGCUGGACCAAUGCCGCACACAGGCACGGGGUCUGCGUGCUGGGGACGUUUAUCACAGAGUGGCAAGAGGGAGGCAGGCUCUGCGAAUCCUUUCUGGCUGGGGAUGAGCGCUCCUUCCAGGCAGUGGCAGAUCGGCUGGUCCAGAUUGCUCAGUUCUUUCGUUUUGACGGCUGGCUCAUCAACAUCGAGAACUCUCUGAGUCCAGAUGCUGUGAGGAACACACCUUUAUUUCUCCAGUACCUGACCACACAGCUCCAUCAACAGGUCCCUGGAGGUCUGGUGCUGUGGUACGACAGUGUGGUACAGAGUGGGCAGCUCAAGUGGCAGGAUGAGCUGAAUGAACAGAACAGGGUCUUCUUCGACUCCUGCGAUGGCUUCUUUACCAACUAUAACUGGCGGGAGGACCACCUGCAGCGGAUGGUGGCACAGGCUGGGGAGCGCCUAGCUGACGUGUAUGUGGGCGUGGAUGUGUUUGCUCGGAGCAAUGUGGUUGGAGGCCGUUUCGAUACUGACAAGUCCCUGGAGCUGAUCCGAAAGCAUGGCUUCUCAGCGGCGUUGUUUGCUCCUGGCUGGGUGUAUGAGUGUCUGGAGAAGAGCGACUUCUUUCAGAACCAGGACAAGUUCUGGAGACUGCUGGAGCGCUUCCUGCCCACACACAGUAUCUGCUCCUUGCCCUUUGUCACCUCUUUCUGCUUGGGCCUGGGUACUCGAAGAGUCUGCUACGGCAAGGAGCAGGCAGUGGGGCCCUGGUACCACCCCAGCGCCCAGGAGACACAGCCCCUCUUUGGUGAACAUAAGCUGGCUGCUGGCAGUCGGGGCUGGGUGAAGACGCACUGCUGCCUAGCUGAUGCCUGGCACGGGGGCAGCUCCCUGCUGCUCCAGGGCCUGAUCCCGCCUGAGGUCGACAGUGUAGCUGUGAGGCUGUUCUCUCUGCACGUUCCAGUGCCACCCAAGGUUUUCCUGUCCAUGGUGUACAAGUUUGAAGGUUCAACGGAUGUCCAGGUGGCUUUGGAGCUCACAACAGGGGAUGCCAGCAGCUGCCAUGUGGGUGGCAUGUUGGUGUUAAAUGCAGAAACUGGCUCACGGCAUAGCCCCAGACCCCUCCGGGUACCCCCUACCAGGCUGGCCAGAUGGGCUAGCAGUUGUGGCCAGCAGCUCAGUGGGGGCUGGAUUCAACGCUGCUAUGAGGUAAACCUUCGUGGGUGCCUGCUCCAGGACCUCUUGGUGAGCUUCUCACGGCCACCAGGCAGUCGGGAGGAGGAGAGCUUCAUUUGUCGUCUUGGAGAGAUCCAGGUGGUUGAUGCCAACAGCCUUCUGGCCCCUCUGCCCCGGGUGCAGAAUGUCACCAUUUCUCAGCUACGCUGGAUUCCUCUGAUCUCCGGUUCUGAGGGCCUCCGUACCCGGCUCCUCCUCAGCUGUACCCUGCACUGGUCCUACCUGCUGGUCCGAGCCCGCUGCUUCCGGAUUCACUGCUGGAAACGGACAGGAAACAGCUCUGUGACAGAGGGGUCCCCAGAGACAGAGAAGCCCGUGUUCCUGGGCCUGGCUUUUGCCAACCAGUACCGUGUGGUGGACUUGGCAGUGGAGCCUGCUAGAUUUGGGCAGGAUGGUCGUGUGGAGUUCCUGGUGGAGCCUGUCCCCAGGGAGGGCUUCCUGGUGCCUCAGGCUGAGUGGGGGAGGGCGGUCCUGCUCUACUCGGCCCCUCAGUGAGCCCUCUCCAGAGCACAGCACCUUUCUGACUCAAGACUUGAAGUUUCUUCUUGGCCAGCCCCCCAAGGCUGCUUGGACUACUGAGGAUAGCUGGAUCCCCAGAAGAGGUCUCUCGGGAAGCUCUGCCCCAUGGGUGCUAGGUGAGUUACCUGGCACCCACACCCUUCUGCAGUACCCUCCAUGGGGUGUGGCUUCUCAAGGAGGAAGGAGAGAGCCUGAGGUCUCUUCCAGAAAAUUCCAUAAAGGCUAUUUCUCCUAGGCUGAAAGGAUACUUCUUUUGAGAAUGGCGUCCGUUUAUCCCUGCAGCUUUGACAAUCAGAGGCAAACUGCACGUGGGUGGCAGUAAGGCUUCCUGAAGACUGAGGCAACAGUCAGGAGAGGAGUGGGAGUCAGGGGUGCUCCCCAGGACUAGGAACAACAUCAGUGGCUACUGGCACCACACCCCCACCUACAUAACAAGGCGGGCCAGUCACAUUUCAGACUACCCGUAUGGAUGGUGGCUCUGGCAGCUGACUGUCCCAGGGAACCUCAAGUCCCUCUCCUGUGCCAUACCUCCCAUAGGCCAUCGACUAUGUGAAGGCACAGAGGCAUGAGGGUACCAGCCCCCAUCUUAUGUCCCCCAAGAGGCAGGUGAGCCCAGCCUCUUUCCAGGUACAGAGGCAUCCUUAGCUGUACCGAAGCCCCUCUCUGUGUUUCAAGUGUGACUGUUAGAUUCGGGGUGGGAGUCCCACUCACGAAGACACAGAGACGGAGACCAGUGCAAUUAGCAUGAGGUUUUAAUAAUCCACUAUACUGAGGUUGCCCUGCAUUCAAGGCAAAGGGGGCCCCAAGGAACAAAAGCACACACUUUUAUCCUCUUUCAGCACGGGUUUACAGCAUGAGUUGGUUAUCUCUCAUUGGUGGAGCCCAUUGUCUUUUGAGUCCACUGACCUCUGUGCCCCAGGUGAGGAGGAGAUACCGGUUUCACGUGGAAGGGGUGGGGGAUGAUCCACUCCCUCCUGGGAACGUUUCCUGGAACCCGGCAUCUCUUGGGGAUGGGUGUUUGCUUAGUAAACCUUUCUGAAGCUCUCAGUCUUUAGGCUUAGAGGACAUCUCUGGCUCCUCGGUAUUUUUAUGAGGUGUCCCUGUUUGCUCAAUUCUUUGACACAGCUCUGUGGUCUGACCUGUGGCCCUCAUGCUGUAGUAUGGGGAGAGGCCGAGAGAUGGCAGAGCAGCCCGUUGCCAUCUUCUGAGGUAGAUGGGUUGGAUGGGUGGGGUUUCCUCAGAUUCCUGAGUGUGAGGCAAGGAGAGAGUGUGGCUCCUGCCUGUAUGGGCUGAGCACCCCUCACCCCCAGUCUUCCCUGAUUUCCUGGGUACCCUGUUUCUCCUGAAUGUAUAAGGGUGAGGACCUAGAACCUGAGAUUGGGAACAUUCUGCCCGGUUUCCUGUGGUUCUGCCAGGGCCUCUGGUAAAGCCCGGGCUACUCUUGUUCCCUGGCAUGGCUCUGCCAGCCUUGUACAGGAUGGGGGUGGGAAGAGUGCCUGGAGCUGUGCUGGCCUUUCUCUGGUUUGUCAUCCAGAAUCUGCCCUGGAGCCUCAGAUCGCCCACUCCCCGCCAGGGUCCUGCGUGGCUGGAGUGGAGUCAGUGGGCAGCAGGGCAGGUGGCUGCCUUGUGUGGCUGGAGUGGAGUCAGUGGGCAGCAGGGCAGGUGGCUGGCUCGGGCAGGCAGGGCAGUAAUUCCUGAAUGCCCUGCUUCCCUGUGGCACUGAGUCUGCUUUUAAAAGUGCUGGUUCUUUCAAAUAUUUUAUGCAGAGGAGAGAAAAUUUAUAGUGGCAAUUAUUCCCUCACAGUCUGGUGAGCGCACAAUUAGAAAGAAGGGGCUUAGCAGAACCACGGCAGUGUGAGGCAGAGCAGUGCAACCUCACUUCCCAGGAGCACGGUCCCCAGUCCUGGCAACGCUGGCUCCUGCGCAGGAAAAUUAAUCUGCCGGCAUUUAAGCCUAGGCCCCUCUGGUGGAUAUAAUCGCUCGGAAAUAAAUUAUCCAAUGUGAAAAAUGA